AAAAAAUUCUAUUUAAAGAUAUAAACGUCACAAAUUUUCUUCUCCAAAUAUUUUAUAAAAUCUGUUGACACUUUGUUGACAGAAACACUAUUUUUUAAAGUACAUAUAACACAGUAAAUUUGUAUUUGAAAUGUACGCUUGUCGCCCAAUGGCUCGAAGUCUGAAUGGAAGCAGUCUGAUCCUGAGGCAGCUGCUCAUCCAGAAACCGCUGGUCUCGGCUCGCCUGCUGGCCAGCCAAGGAUCGAAGGAUGUGAAGGCGAGUGGACCCACAACCAUUGGCCCUGGUGGUAAUAUCCUGGUGCCGCCAGUCAUCCUGAAAGUGAUACCCUUUCGUCCACCUCCCGACUUGCCCUAUGACGACCGCAAUAUGUUGCUGGGACGCGUGCUGUCGCCCCACUUGACCAUCUACAAGAUCCAACUGACUUCGACCUUGUCGGCCUUCUUGCGUAUUAGCGGCUUUGUCCUGGCCGUCUUCGUUUGGGUCCUGGGCAUUGGAGGACUCUGUCUGCAGGGCGAUAUGGAGGGAUUUGUGAAGAAGGUCGAGAAAUGCGACUGUCACGGUCUUGUGACGAUGACCAAGGUGAUGGUGGUGAUGCCGUUUGCCUACCACUUGGUUGCAGGCACCAGACAUUUGAUCUGGUACUUAAACAAAUUUCUUACGAUCCCAGAGAUUUAUGCUACCGGCUAUGUGGCUGUGGUGCUGUCUCUUGCACUGGCUGCAGGAUUGUUAGCCGUGAAUGUCGGCGAAAAGGCCAAGGAGGAGGUGGUGGAUCUCAGCAAGUCACCGAAAAAAGGACAAAAGGCCUCGCCUAAAAAGGAUGAGAAAAAGGAUGCCAAGAAAGACGCCAAGAAGGAUGCGAAGGAUGCCAAGGGCAAAAAGAAAGAAGACGAAAGCAAGAAAUGAUCAUAAGAAAAAUUAAUUUUAUUAUCAAAUAACGAACUCAUUGAUGUUACUCUGAAGAACAGCAGAUCUGAAAGGGAAAUUGCAAUGUUUAUUAAAUGUGAAUUCAAAAUUUUAAUGUAUUAAAGCUUUAAACAUA